AUGUGCCCUCUGGCCACAGAGAAGGAGAUUCGUGACAAGGGCGUCGCUGAUCUGCAUACCUUCCUCGGGAAAAUGGAGCCCACCACCACGGAUCUCCAGCUUCUCAAGCUGUGGAAGGCCCUUUACUAUUCUAUGUGGAUGGCCGACAUGCCGCCGGUGCAGCACCUCCUGGGCGAUAGCAUCGCCGACCUGGUCCCCGUCGUGCCGGCUCCUCUGCGGGAGCGCUUCAUCGUGGCCUUCUGGCAGACCAUCGCCCGGGAGUGGCACACCCUCGACAAGUACCGGCUGGAUAAGUUCCUGGCGCUCAUUCGUAAGAUGGUGCGCGCGUCGCUCAAGUCCCUGCACGGGGCUGGCUGGCCGGAGGCUGAGGUUGUCGCCCAUGGCACCACCCUGCAGAAUGUGGUCCUGCUCAAUGGGCGCAUGCCGAACAGCGUGCGCUUCCACCUGCUGGACGUGUGGGCCGACGAGCUCGAGGUGGUCCUCGCCGGGGAGCAGCUCGACACCCAAGACAUCCUGCGUCUGAUGGACCCCUUCCUGAAGGCCAUCUGCCGGGUGGAUGACAGUGGCGUGUUCACGCACCUGCGCAUGCAGGUGUUCCUGCGGCUCUUCGAGCAGGCCCGCGCGAGCCGCGAGUUCCUGGCGGCCGACGAGCAGAUCGACACCACCGGCGCCGAGUCGACCCUGCGCGGGCAGACCGGCGGCGCGGAUCGUCGCGUGACCACCGAGGCCGGUCUCCGGGCCCUGCUGGAUGCUCUGUUCAUGGAGGCCGCGGCGGAAACCUCGCGCGUGUCCAACCGCCGGCAUGUGUACGAUCUGUAUGAGCUGCUGAAGCCGCUGUGCGAGCGCCUGGCCGAGGGCGAGCGCCUGCCGACGCCGCAGCUGCUGGGCAGCCGGCUGCCGUUGCCGCAGCGCCCGGCCAGCAAGCGCCGCAAGCAGCGCUCCGCCUCCUUCCGCAUCGGGGCCCUGGAGCGGGUGAGCCUGCGGCCGGUGCCGCGCCGGCGCCCGGCCACCCCGGCCGAGCAGGCGGCUCUCAGUGAUUUGCUGACCGGGACCUUGAGCCAGACCCUGGGGGUGGAUCUGUCGACCCUGUCCGACCGCGAGCAGAAGCGCCUGCUUCGCCUGGCCGAGCAUGCGGCCGGCGAGGCGGAGGAGGCUGCCACCGAGUCGCCGGCCAAGCGCGCCCGCGUCUCCGAGGACGGGGGGUCCCCGGCGGCCGGCGCUGCCGACACCACCGCCACCAGCAGCCCCGCUGCCCCGGAGAAGAAGUCGGCCAAGGCCAAGGCCAAGACCCCGGUGGCCGCGCCGGCUCCGCAGGAGGAGCCGGCCUCCCCCGGGCCGCGGUCCAUUCUGUCUAGCCGCCGGAAGGCCCUCCCGGGCCCGAGCAACCCGCCCACCGGGCAGAAGAUCCGCAUCAACACCUCGCGCAAUGUGGUGCUGCCCUUCAACAACCGCCAGCCGCCGACCACCGUCGGUGAGGAUGCCGAGGCCAUGGGCCUGAAGCCGGCCUCGCCGUCGCCGGCCGCCCCGCGCGGCCUGCGGCCGCUAGAGACCACCACCGCCACCGAGCCGGAGGCCACGGCCAAGCGCACGGUCUUCCUCGGCGCGCGUGGCACCAUCUCCAAGGGGGGUGCCCUGCCGGUGGCUGCCCCGCAGCCGGCCAGCCGGGCCCAGCGCAAGGCCGCUCGCCACCGCCUGGCCAAGUAGAUAUGAGGCGCGCAUGCGGCGCGGGUCGGGUGCCACAUGGUGCUCUCCCUUGGCAUUCGCGCGCACACGCGCGCAUGGUCCGUCCCGCGCGCAUCCACGGGGAUGAGGAGGGCCGCGGGUCCCCCGGGGGCGGCCGGCGAAGAGGGAGCGAGGAGGCAUGGCGGUGGGCGAGAGUGCCCAGGCCCCAUAUAUGUGCUGCCGCUGCCCCUGCCGUCUGCUGGACUCCCUCGACUGUCCCUCUGUGCUGCCCCGGCCCCGGCCUCUUGCAUUUUCCUCCCAUCCCCCCCCCCCUCUCCCGCCGUCUCUCUGAGGUUGCUCGGUCUUGCCCCUCCCGCCAUCAGGUUGACCAUACCCAAGCCCACAUACACAUACACACACACAUCCCCACUCCUGGCGGAAGGGGAAAGGCGCAGAGGGAGACCACCAGGGCCCCCUGGGAGAGCAGGGGGAAGCCCAAUACAGAUUGCAUAGACGA